AUGGGCGCUCCUGGCUACCCUUCGGCACCACAAUACAGCACUCAACUUCCGCUGGCUGGACGCCAUCGGGUGACCACGACAUUAUGGGAAGACGAAGGCACGCUCUGCUUCCAAGUCGAUGCUCGAGGCGUCUGCGUUGCCAGGCGACAUGACAACAGCAUGAUCAACGGCACAAAGUUGCUCAAUGUAUGUGGUAUGUCACGUGGUAAGCGAGACGGUAUCUUGAAGAACGAAAAGGAGCGAAUUGUCGUCAAGGUCGGUGCUAUGCACCUCAAGGGCGUCUGGAUCACUUUCCAACGAGGCAAGCAGCUUGCAGAGCAGAACGGCAUCGCCGAUGUUCUCUACCCGCUUUUCGAGCCCAACAUCCAGUCCUUCCUGUAC